AUCAGCUGUAGCCUGUAGUAUAAACUUCAAAAUAUGAAAGAAGGAAAGAAUAUAUUUUGAACUAUGUUUACAUUCCAAAAAUAGGUAAAUUCCAGAAAGUAUCCAAAAUGAUUGCUAGGCCGUGGACGGACGAUUUGCCUAAAUGCAGGAACGCGUGUGUAGCAUCGUAUUUCUCUCAACUCAGCAACGCCAGUUCCACCGACGACUAUCUGUGUUUUUAUUGUCAAACUGAGGAUAAUUCGUGUCUAUAUGGGGUGUUUGAGCCGCACAAUGGGUUGGAGGCAGCAAGGUUUAUCAUGCAGAGAAUGGCUGCUGAGCUACUUCUUCCACCUCCAUCAAUCAAUAAUACCGAUGAAGAGAUCAGGGAGCGGCUAAGAAAUGCGUUCAUUUCUGUGGAGAAAGCAUACAUCGAAAAUUACGACGGCAUGAUAGCUGAACGCACGAGCUUGCAAUACAGACUACAGACUCUUAAUGAAACACAGAUAUCGCAAAAUUGCGACAACAUCCUACACAGACUAAAAGAAAUCGACCAACACCUGUCCGGGGGUGCAACUGUGGUAUUGGCCCUAGUACACAACAACAAGUUGUUCGUAGCCAACGUUGGAGAGACGAGAGCUCUAUUGUGCCGGACAGAUGAUAACUCUGUAUUGCGAGUGGUUCAGCUCACAAUGGAUCACAGUUUGAACAAUGAGGACGAGUUGUUGAGGCUAUCGCAGUUGGGCUUGGAUGUUAAUAAGUUAAGGAAUGUGCAAUACCUAGGUAAUCAAACAGGCACCAGAUGCCUAGGUAACUACCUAGUCAAGGGGCUGUACAAAGCAUUUCCCAGCAUCAGUGCAGCUGCCACCGAGCCAGUGGUUGCAUUACCAGAAAUACAUGGCCCUAUUGCAUUGGAUGAGUCUUGCAGGUUUCUGGUUCUAGUCAGCGCCGGUGUAUACAAACGAAUCCAAGAGGUGAAGGGAAGCAGCGAAGAAACAAACAAACAACUCGCGCAGAAAAUCGUUGAGAACUUCCGCAAACAGUCGGAUUUCGCGCGCGUCAGUCACGCCGUCCUCGAAGAAAUCGAAGAUGAAUUCCUCUCGUAUUGCGUGAAAAAUAAUCUAACUCCAAAAGCAAACACGCACAUAACCUUACUAAUUCGCAAUUUCAACUUCCUCCCGCCAAUACCACAAAAUGACAGCUGUCAAAAACAAAACGCAUCUGUCAGAUUCAAUCCGAUUGUGCAAUCGAAAUCGAAUACGCUUUUGAAUGAAAUCGAUUCUGAAUUGUACUCGUCGGGAACAAAUGAAUGCGAAACGAAUGAUUCGAAUGUUGACACUAAUCGAUCUAUCGAAUCAUCGUCUGAUAUUUAUCCGAAUAGGCCGUAUGAAAAGGAUAAGAGAAUAAAGGGUUAUGUGGAUUUUUCUUGUUAUUACGAGAACGUAGCGAAGGCAAGGAAAAAUGGGACAUUACCAAGUUUUAUAAAAUAAAUAUUGUGUGUGUUUGAGAUUAAUAGCAAUAUUCUAUGUUGAUUUUAUUAAAUGGUUAA